GCAGUCUUGUGUGUAUAUAUAUGUAUAACAUAUACGUGGUGGCUCAAGCCAUUCUGGCUCAAGGCCGCGGCAAAGUAGUCGCGAGAGUUCCCGCGAUCUCGCAGCCACGGCUGGGCUGGGCGUGCAGCACAGGGUCAUGGGCGGCACAGGCAAAGGCGGCAGCAAGGGGAAGCCGGCGGCACAGGGCAAGUCUCUGAGUCCGCCACCAGUGGAGCAGCGCAGUCCGCGCAGUCCGCGCAGUCCGCGGCCGUGGCAAAGUCGCGAGAGUCCCCGCGAUCUCGCAGCCACGGGUGGGCUGGGCGUGGAGCACAGGGUCAUGGGCGGCACGGGCGAAGGCGGCAGCAAUGGGAAGCCGGCGGCACAGGGCAAUCCUCCGAGUCCGCCACCAGUGGAGCAGCGCAGCAGCAGUCCGCCGCCGCGCCGCAUCAGUAACGACAGCUCAGACCCUCCGACGCCUGUGGCCGUGGCGCCCGAGAACGUCACCGUGAGGGCGAAGAUUUGCUAUAUCUUCCUUGCCUUCUUCGCCUUCUGGUUCGGCGCCGCGCGCUUUGACAUGGACGGUGAUGGGGAUUUCGACGCAGCGGACGUGCAGGCCAUAAUGAACGGCGGGAAGAAGUUGUUGAAGCUCAACUUCUCGCGGCCUGUCACGAGCAAAAGGGCGAAGAAGGCGCGCCGGAAGAGGAUCGAGGCGAAGAGGAAGCAGAGAGAAGCUAACGAGGAAGAGGCUGACAGGACGCACCAGGAGAUCGUCCGUAUGAGCGGGGAGGCGGGCGGUGUCACGGGGACUGUGGCGAACGUUUUGGAGCACGGUGCCCACAGCGUAAGGAGUUUGGCUGCGAAGGGCGACGCCAUCUUCGAUGCUGACGUCGAGGAGGAGGCUCAGGAGGACGAGAUCAUUGACAACCUAAGGCAGUUCUGGCCCUGGUUCACAAUCAUUGAGGUGCUCAUGUGCCUCGGCUUCUGGGGCGUGAACGCGUUCAACACGAUGGCCUACUCAUUACUGCAGUCCGACACGGUUAUCACAGACGACCUUAAAUUGACCGAGUACGUGAAAAAAGACCCGAACGAGCAGCUGUUCCUGGACGAUUGCAAGAACGAGUGCAGCGCUGCCGACGAGGCGUGCGUGGGCAUCGGCUGGAAGAGCGGGCCGUGGCCUGAGUGCUUCCUGCUGAGCUCGCUGCCGACCACAUAUCCAGCUUAUCCGCCCUGCCAGAAAGACGCGUGGGGCUGGCGUAUGUACGCGAAGCAGGCGUGGACCCCCUCCAUCAUGUUCUUCAUGAAGGGAGGCGUGGAGAGCAUUUGGCCCGGGUUCACCACCCUGGACGCUUACAACUUCUGCCACGAGGGCUACGACAUCAGCUUCCUGUGGAGGUGGUGGAGCUACCAGUUCACGCAUGGGAGCAUUAUGCACGUUGGCGCCAACUGCUUCUCAUUGAUCAUGCUCGGCAUUCCCUUGGAGGGCUGGCAGGGAACAGGCAUGUUCGCUGUCAUGUGGACCGUCGGGGUUCUCGGCGGUGCCUUCUGCUGGGCGCUCUUCGAUCCCUACACCACCUCGUACGGCGCAUCCGGAGGGUGCUACUCCCUCUACGGCAUGCACGCCGCAGACCUGAUUCAGAAUUGGGGCGACAAGAAGUGGCGCUUUGGGACAGUAUCAGUCUUGCUUCUGGUCGCUGGUGUGGAGUCGGCCGCCUUCUGGGCUUCGCGUGACGAGGAAAGUUCUACAGCUCACACUGUGCACGUUGGUGGUCUCGUCUAUGGGCUCCUCAUCGGCUUCACGAGCGGCCGCAACGACCGCUGGAAGAUUUGGGAAUACGUGUGCUCCGCGAUGGCCUGGGCCGUGGCAGGCAUCCUCGUCGUCGGGAGCAUUUACUUCUGGUUCUUCUUCAACGAGCACCCCGGCAUCGGCAGCUUGUGGAAGCCGCUUCUUGGCAAGACUAUGGAGCGCCCCUUUUGCUGGAUCGGGUAUGUGUGCAUCGGAGAUAGUGGCAACCACUGUCCGUUGAUAGACGACAUUACCAGUUACGCGACGAACGCCGGCUCCUCAACGAACACGUUCAGGCAGUGCGUCAUGUGCGAUACAAGGGACUGCGUGGAGGGCUGGUACAGCGACACCUACGAGGUCACCACCGCAGGGGUGACCACUGAGCACUACAAGUAUUGCCCGACGGAGUCGUCGCGCAGCUUCUGCACCUUUACCACCGGCGACAGCUUCGACCUGUGGUACCCUCCGACCAAGAGCGCGUACCAGCUGACUGACACGCCUGCGCCGUCACCUGCACCGACGCCUCAGCCGACGCCUGCCUGAGAGGUGGACCGGCAGGCCCCUCUGCCCUACGCGCUGCAGCAAUUUCUCGGCGCCGUUCGUCCAUCGGGAGGGGAUGUCGUGGAAGAGCCUGGGGCGAGGAGCGAUUUGGGAAAAGGUCGGCUCGGCGGCGCGCAGAAACGGAGCAGGGUCCGGGCGGUCCUCUGCAAUGCCCCCCCCCUCCUCCCCUCCGCUGACUAGGUGGGGGGCGCGAGGUUUGCUUGGAUUUUGGAUGCCGAUUCCUUCCAAGUGGCCCGUCGCCUUCUUUGAGUGCCACACCCCCCAUCGCGGCCCCACUGCUUACCGCCAGGUAUUUGCCGAACAGUGCUGAUUUUUAUGGUCCGUCCCUUUUCGCGCGCCUGCGGGCUCGAGCCCGCAGGCGCGCAGUAGAACCAGACGCGCUCUCGGCCUCUGGCUGGUCGGUCUCGCCCAGAGUCGUCUCACCCAGAGACCGAGCGGAUGAGGAUGUUG